AUGCAUCUUGAUUUCCGUAGACAAAACUCUACUUGUCCAAUGCUUGUUGGUGUUGGUGAACAAGGGAAGAAUACUCGAAUACGCUCAAUUGGUUAUGAUACGUUAGAAUCAUUAUUACUGCCUGAAAUUGAAGAUGAGAAUGAUAAUGCUGUUGAAGAAGACAAUUUAUCGUCAAAACUGAGUGGGAUUGAUGGUUAUGCAGCUCAAAUGGAUUAUCCGUUCAAAGAAUUAGGUCUUAUGAGAAUACCCGAAGUGCCACAAAGAUACAGUUACAGCGUCGUCAAACAAUAUGCUUUUGUCUAUGAUCCUAUGGCUGAUGAUUACAAGUUCAUGAUUGCUGUAUCCUCUGAAAAAGAAACAAGUUUAGUCCAUGUGUAUUCGUUAGUAUCAGAUUCAUGGAAGAGCUUUCUAGUACCUUAUAUUUUCAUUUUAUCCUAUCAAAAGUCUGGGGUACUGUUUAAUGGAGAUCUUCAUUGGUUAGCCUUUUGCCAAUCCAAGCAUUGCAUAGUCUCUUUGGAUGUUGGGAAUGAGAAAUUCAAAGAAAUUCAACCACCAUCAGAAUGUUUAAAACUUAUUCUUGUGGGGGUAUUGGAAAAAUGCCUUUGUGUACUUGUCGAAGAUGAAAACGAUGCUAUUGAUAUAUGGGCAAUGCAAGUUUAUGGAGAUCCAAAAUCAUGGAAUAAACAUUAUUCCAUCACCCAUGAGAUAAUAACAAGUAGACUUUCCCUUCAAUACUCUUUUCUGAGGUUUAUGUGGUCCUUUAAAAACGGUAUUAUUCUAUUCAUGGAUUCGAGUAACCUAGUUUUAUAUGACCCAAACCAUGGGACUGCUAUUGAACGGAGACUGAGCCACAUUUCAGUAGAGAAUUAUUCAGAAAGCUUAGUUUCAUUAAACUCUGGUACCUAUGUCCAAGGAACAACUGUAAAUAAUGUCAAAGGAAGAACGGUAAAUAGUGCUUACGUGGAGCUUCAGAUUGUUAGGAAGAAAAACUCGGUUCUUGAAGCACGUAAUGCUGAACUUGAAACACGUGAUGGGCAACUGGUUGCUAGUAACGCUGAACUACACAGGAAGCUCCACGAGUCUCAAGUAGCAUAUCAAAACCUAGAACAACAUGUGAAUGCUCAGGAUCUGCCUAUUUAUAGGCAAUACAAACCGACUACAGACUGUCUAGAACUCUCUCUAGUAUUCUAG